AUUGGUGUGAUUGGUGUGAUUACUGCGCAGAAUCAACAAUGAAAGCGAUAUUUUAGUUCUACAUGAAAAUAAUUUGACUUUCAAAGAACGCCAAGUUGCAUUUCUUGUUUAUUAUUACAAUAAAUACGGUCAUUCGAUGGUGAAAAUGUAUCCGUAAAUGAGUGAAAUUAUCCUCGCACCGGACAAAACCGAUUUUUUGCCGCAAAUUUUAAAUAUUUCCUGUGAAAUUCUUCAAUUGUAGAAAUAAUCUGACGCACUCAGCAAUCUUAUUUUGGGGUUUUGUUUUGUGGAAAAAUUCUAAAUACAUUUGACCCAUACAAUCAGUAAAUCGCAACAUAAAUCAACAAUGCCGAGAAUAGUAAGAGCAGUCGACGCUAUUUUCGAAGAUCCGAACAUGACUUUACAGUUGGAAUGUUGGCAAGACGAACUGAGUCCAGCCCAGCUGCAGGCAUUUGAAAAAGCCGAAAACGAACAUCGCAACAUACGAGAAAAAUUGAACGACAUUGUGAGCAGCAGUGGUGGUGAGAAUGUAUUUCUCGGUGAAAUAUUCUCAGCCUAUCAUGUGACCGGUAGUGCGCCGGGCUUGGAGACAAUAGCUAAACCAGUGGCAACAGUCCGAAAAGAGAAUCGAGCUAAGCAGUUAGCGGAGGAGAAAAAACUCAAAGCUGAACGUGAACGUGAAGCGAAACGACGUGAAGCGACCAAAAAUGUUCAGGUGAUUGAAGAUGAUGAUGAUGAAGACUACAUUCCCUUAAGUAAACGUUCGAAGGCAGCCAAGAUUGAAAAGAAGAAAGCCGAAGUUGAUAAGAAACCGAUAGUCACGAGCUCAAAGACUAAAUCACCGACCCAAAGUGGACCGGCUAUCGUUCCCAGUACGUUUCGUCCAACAGAAAAUACGUCCAUCGGUGGAUUAUCUGUGGGUGAUACGAAAAAACUGCCAGUCGUUGAUUUGACGAAGGAUGAGCCCAAUAGCAAGAAUGCUGCCGAUUCGCGUGAAAUCACUUUCAAUAAAUUGCAAGGCAAGACAUUCCCGUCUUUGGUCGUCGUAGCAAGACCAUCAUUGAAAGUUAAAGACAAUGUAAACGAUCGUCCAGCUCUUGAUGCCAAAGUCAAAGGUGUACUGAUGCAUACUGCGACCAAAUUCACCGAAUGGCUUAUUCAACAGGGUCUAGUUCGAUCCGAACAAUCGUGUCAAGUCCACAUUGGAACCGAUUUGAAACUUGGCAUGUACUCUGAUGCUUCAAAGUUUCCGUAUUCAGGCGGUUACGUUUGGAUCAGUGAAUGUUGUCCCACACGUUUCGUAUCCGUUUUUAGCGGAUCACUAUUCGAAGGGGCAGCUCAUCCACCGUCAGUUCUGCUGAAACUCAUUUAUCAUUGGGCGUGUCAAACAAAUGUGCAGAAUGUGGUGCAGUGGGUUAAAGUUGACAAUUUGUACGUGAAGGGAUUGUACACAUGGCUGAGAUCGGUCUGCACGGUUGCAUUGUAUCAGCACAUCAAUACACUUGGUGGUCCUGGCAAAAAAAUCGAAGUCGGAGUCAUUUCAUUGGGCACAACCAGCCAAGACGGACAGCAACGUCAAGUCAAAGUCGAAGUACUCGGUGUUCUUGACACUCAAGCGAAUAUCGUCCGGCUACGAGCCGUUGAACCGUUAAGCGAUGGUGAACGUAACUACAAGAAAAAGUUCGCCAAAAUUUUGGAACCACUAACCGGCUGGGUGAGCAAGGACAGUCAAAUUCUCACCGAUUUGACCGUUGACAAGGGUACACUUGUGUCCAUGGGCUACAAGUAUGUCGUACAAACAACAACCACCGAUGGCAAGGGCAAAAAUUGCAACGCAAACAUUAUGGACUAUCUCAGACGAAUCGUUCCGCGAAUGUUCCAAAAUACGUUGUCGAUGUUGUCGCGGCAAAUUAUUCAACAAUUUUUGGAUGAAUUGGUGUGGCGUGAAUGGUAUGGCAAAACACCGGGCACCGCUUUCGAUAACAUUGUCGCUCAUAUCUCCGAGCAAACGAGAUUGGACGCAAAGGAGUCGUUGGUCGUUCGACUGAAUAAGGUCGCUACUAAUCCGUUCAAAAAUUGGGCACAUUUUUCACAAAAAGCGCCCGGUAAAGCUCUACGUGAAGAUUUCUUCAGCAAUUCAGCGUCAACGUCAUCGAUACGUUCGGCUAGUCCUGCAACACCAUCCACGUCAAAGCGAGGAGGACGUCAAAAGCGCCGUGAACCAUCACCGGAACCAGUGCCGAUCAAAAAAAUUAAGGAGGAGCCGAAACAACCGCGUGUCGUCGAAACAAAACGACCGGUGGCUAAACAAACUUAUCGAGAAGAGUACAAGAAAGUCGAACCGACAAUUCAACUUGAGUCGUACUAUUACGGAAUACUAGCCGGUGACAGUAAUAACGAUAGUGCCGUUCCGGUUGCGUUCAAAGUCAAGUGUGUCGUCUGCCAGGAGUACCAAUAUUCUAACACCGACAUGAUGAACCAUUUGAAGCAACAUGCUAAUCCAACGGAUGAUUCGAGCAAGCAGUGCAUCUAUUGUCUUGAAAAUUGGGCCGACAACGAUAAGUUGUCCCGUCAUCUGGUAUUAGCUCAUCCUAUCGAAACGAAGAGUCAUGCCGGCGUUGAAUGUCUCAUAUGCGAGUCGCAUGUUAGCUCAAACACCGUUUUGGCUAACCAUAUGCAAAAGCUUCACGUUCAAGCUGAACUCCCGUAUCGUUGUGGCUGCUGUAAUUUUGCCAGUUCAUCAUUACGCGUUACAAUCGAUCACUUUUACAAUGACCACGCGGAUUCGGGUGCGCUGCAGUGCUCGUUUUGUUUGCAGGUUUUCCUGGCUGUAGACAGUGACGGGCGAAUCAUCAGCCACAACGUAAACCGUUAUUUGGACCAUCUCAAAAGUCACAUGGUGAAAACGCAAAUAAAGAAGUGCAACCGUUGUGUUCUAUCUUUCGUUCAUAAAGGAGCAAUGAAAGUUCAUUUGAUCUAUGACCAUAUCACCAUGAAACACAAGAAACUUCGUUCAAUGUGCAAAGGAUCCACGAAGAUUCCGAAGCCCAAGCCUAAAACGAUUACUCAUCGCGAGGCAAUUCAAUAUUUGAUCAAAUAUGAUCAUGUCACGAUGUAUGUGGGUAAUGGCAACAUUUGUUUGGAAUGUGACACUGACUUUGAGGAACACAGCCACUUUACCGGCCUAAUGAAGUGCGGCAAAUGCAGAUAUCAGACAUGUUGUUUGAGAGCCAUGAUGGAACACAACGGAAAUUGUGUCGGUGCUCACGAAAUCAACAACAUAUCACCGCUCGACUGUGAAAUGCACUGCAUCUGCGGCUUUUCCAGCAUCGAUGGAAAUGCAUUAGCUCGCCAUUUGGCGACGUGCGAACGACAGACGGCGUAUCCCAGUCUGGAAUCGGUACAAGAGAACACAGUCAAGCGGAAUAUGUUGGACAUGUUGGGAUUGGUUCGUCGCGACGACGAUGACGAAAGUGAUGAUCUACUGGCACCGGUUGAUGGUGAUUCUGAUGAUCGUCAAAUGGAUCAUGAUAAUGACAAUGCGACCGUAAGCGAACACGAUGGCACUGCAGAGCAAACCGUGCCGCCACAAGACGACUACAAUCAAGGCAUGGCUGGUGAGACGAGCGACGAACAUUUCAAUACAACAAUAUCGUUGGACGAUCUCGCUCCGCCAUCGGUUGCACCGCCUGAAACUGAUCGUACACCACAAUUGCGUGAUGAAUAUCAGAGUUUGGCCACACCACGGGUCGCUCCCAUUAUGCAAGAGCAUAAUGAAUAUGAAAAUUUGCCAAAUGAAGGCGCUCAGCCGUCUGCAUUCGAUUCGUUGUAAAACGCCUGGAAAAUUCGUCAAAUCCAUGUUCGGAUCAUUUAAAAAACUCUUUUUUUUAGAAUUUGUAUAAGUUGUACGUAUGUACCUCUAGGCAUAAGUUUCAAUUCAAUAUGUAAUAUUUUGUAGUCUGCACAGAGAAUGCAAUUUUUGCGUUUGGUUUAUUUGAUUUUACGUAGAAAUUAAAAAUGACAUAAAAUGGGA